AUGGAAGCGAAGUUUCCUGUAAUUCUCCCCAAGCAGCAUGCGAUCACUUUCUUCAUCGUUGACUGGUUCCACCGCCAUUUCCGUCACGCCAACCGAGAGACGGUUGUUAAUGAGAUUCGCCAGCGCUUCGAUAUCCCGAUGCUAAGAAGAUUGGUGGAUAAGGUAGCUGGUAACUGCGUAGUGUGCCGCAUCGCAAAGUCGGCUCCAAAACCACCCGCGAUGGCUCCGCUUCCCGAAAUGCGUCUGGCAGCGUUCAAUCAACCGUUCAGGUUCACCGGGUUGGACUAUUUCGGCCCAGUGCUCGUCAAGAUAGGCCGAAGCAACGUCAAGCGGUGGGUGGCCCUAUUCACCUGCCUGACUACCAGAGCAAUCCAUCUGGAGCUGGUACACUCCUUGAGCACGGAGUCAUGUAUCAUGGCUGUUCAACGCUUCGUUUCCCGCCGCGGACUUCCAAGAGAAUUCUGGACAGACAAUGCCACAUGUUUCAAGGGAACCAGCAACGAGUUGAACAAGCUUACCGAAGAAACGAAGAAAGCCCUGACCGAGAAGUUCACCACAGCGCAGACAACCUGGAAGUUCAUCCCACCCGCUACUCCGCACAUGGGUGGAGCGUGGGAGAGACUUGUGCGUUCAGUUAAGGUGGCGAUCGGGGCAAUAAUAGAUGGACCACGCAGACCGAACGACGAAACGUUGGAAACGAUUCUGCUCGAGGCGGAGGCAAUGAUCAAUUCUAGACCUCUGACCUACGUUCCGCUUGAGUCUGCAGAUCAAGAGGCCCUGACGCCCAACCACUUUUUGUUGGGCAAUUCCUCUGGAAUGAAAUUUCUGGCUACGGAGAACUUGGACGUUCGUUCGACUCUUCGUAGCAGCUGGAAGCUAGCCAGGUACAUCACCGGCGAGUUCUGGAAUCGGUGGCUGAAAGAAUACCUGCCGGUCAUCACGCGCAGAUGUAAGUGGCUCCAGGACGUCAAAGAUAUUGCGGUAGGAGACCUGGUCUUAGUGGUGGAUGGGAAGGCAAAGAACCAGUGGAUUCGGGGCCGAGUCGAAGAGGUCUACCCGGACGAGAUGGUAGAGUACGGCAAGCUUUGGUCCGAACAUCGACAGGCGUUAUCCGAAGAGCAGCCGCGAAGCUAG